AUGCAGACUGCUUCUACAAACAUUUGUGAAAGACUGUGCAAAAAGUCCAUACGUGAAUUUCCCUUGCUACUAAAUAUUCCACGGUCAACUGUUAGUGGUAUUAUAGCAAAGUGGGAGCAACAGCAACUCAGCUACGAUGUGGUAGGCUACGUAAAAUGACAGAGUGGGGUCAGCGCAUGCUGAAGCGCACAAUGAGCUGAAGUCGCCAGCUGUCUGCAGAGUCAAUACCUAAAGACCUCCAAACUUUUGUGGCCUUCAAAUUAGCACAACAGCAGUGCGGGGAGAGAUUCAUGGAAUGGGUUUCCAUGGCCGAGCAGCUUCAUCCAAGCCUUACAUCACAAAGUGUAAGCAAAGCUUUGGAUGCAGUGGUGUAAAGCAAUCCGCCACUGGACUCUAG